AUUCCAGCGGCAGGUUCUGCCGAGAGCUAACGAUAAUUGUCUGAUGUAGCCAACUUCCAUAAUUUGAGCAACUAUUCACCAGCAUACAGCCAUGUUUAGUACUGCUUGUCUCCUAUGUUUGUUUUUGGUUAAGUAACGCGACAAAACACCGGAAGAAGAAAAUUGGAUAGAUGUCCUGGUUUUAUCAUAGUUUCCACAAGGAGAUUUGAUUUGCUUUCAGACAUCUUGGAUCCCAAAUCCUGACAGACGGAGUGUUUUCUGUUGUUAACCUUUUGCCUAAUAAUGCCAAGUGAAGCGACAGAGAUAGUUCCGGCUUUGGAACAGGACGUUCAGCAACAAACUGAGAUUGGGUCUGGCUCUGAGUCGGACAGUGAUGAAUCACUACCAGACGUGGAGGACCCAGACCUCACACAGACACUGCACUCACAAGUGCAACCACUGGCAGGCGCCAUACACCAACCGCUUUCAGCGAGAUUGGACCAGGAGCCCGUCAGCAAAGCCAAGCAAAGCCGAAGUGAAAAGAAGGCACGGAAAGCCAUGUCCAAGCUGGGGCUGAGGCAGGUGGCUGGUGUUACCAGAGUAACCAUCCGGAAAUCCAAGAGCAUCCUGUUUGUGAUCGCCAAGCCAGACAUCUACAAGAGCCCUGCGUCAGAGACGUACAUUGUCUUUGGAGAAGCCAAGAUUGAAGAUCUUUCCCAGCAGGCUCAGUUGGCCGCUGCUGAGAAGUUUAAGGUUCAAGGAGAGGUGAUGUCGAACCUGCAGGAGCACACAGAGACACCCACAGUGCAUGAGGAGAGUGAGGACGAGGAGGUUGACGAAGCUGGUGUGGAGCAGAAGGACAUUGAGCUGGUGAUGUCACAGGCCAAUGUCUCACGGCCGAAGGCUGUGCGUGCUCUCAAGAACAACAAUAAUGACAUUGUCAACGCCAUCAUGGAAUUGACGAUGUAGAAGAGAUGCCAGCCAUUGAAAUCCUUCUGAUGCUUCAACACUCAUUUGUAUGGUUUAUACUCAAGGUUAUUCAAUUUUGUAGAUUGAGAAGAUGGCAGAGUUUUUUGUUCCCUUGUAACAAAAUUAUUUGUAAUACUUUUCUAUUGAGGGCCUCAUGGGAGAACUGCAUCAAGCUGCUAAUAAGCAGGACAUACUGUUAAGUACUACAUUAGGAUUCACAACCACUUUGUCAAAUUGUCCAUUUGCAUAGACUUUCACAGGAUAUGAGAUGUUACCCUGAAUGUCACACUACCAUGCGAUACCAAAUUAAAAAGGUGUUUCUGACUGUG